AUUUUAGAGAGAUACAUAGAGAAAGAAGAAGAAAGCACGUUGUGAUGACGUGUCUAUCUACAAAGAAGCCCACGUGACUCUUCUGGAAACUCAAGUUAAAUGGGCCUGGCCCAACUUCAACUUUCUAUCAUCAGAGAGGGAAGGAAGAAAAUGGUUAAUGGAUUAAUCAACGAGAACCCGAUCGUGUACGAGAUAAAACAUCGUCGUGAUGUUCGUGCCGAUUCCAGCAGCAGUACCAAUGAGCUCUCGGUAGAUGCAAUCGAUCAUCUCGAAGUUUUCGAUAUCCUUUGCAAAGCUUAUUAUGUAUAUAGGGAUCAUUAUUUUUUUGAGUUUUUAAACUUAACAUAUUGUUCGGAACAUCAUAUAAGAGAUAUAAAAGAUCCAGAGCAUCCUUACUCUCUGGAACAACUCAAAGUCCUUACAGAAGAUUCUGUUGAAGUUGAUGAUUCCAAGAGUCAUGUUAGGGUUACGUUCACUCCAACGGUGGAACAUUGUAGCAUGGCAACUAUUAUUGGUCUCUGUGUCCGCGUGAAGCUUAUGAGAAGCCUUCCUCGUCGUUACAAGAUUGAUAUAAGGGUAGCCCCCGGUACUCAUGCAACUGAGGCUGCAGUCAAUAAACAACUAAACGACAAAGAGCGUGUGGCGGCUGCACUAGAGAAUCCAAACCUUGUGGAGAUGGUCGAUGAAUGUCUAUCUUCAUCAUUUGAAUGAUGCCCUUGAUGCUCUCGAGAUACACUUUCAUAUACAGUAUGUAUAUGUCUGCAAAUAUUUUGAUCAGUUACUAUACGUUUAGUUUCAUGUUUAGUGGAAGACGGGGAAUAUAUCCACAGAACCAUCUCAGAAAGGAUUAUUUCAGAUACUCUGCAACAGAACUUGUUGCACGCUUGUUCUUUCACACAUUUGUCCCAUUUGUUGCCAUCUUGUUAUGGGUAUAACUCGAGUUUUUCA